AUGUAAUAACGAGAUUAAGUGGAAGUAAGUGAGAAUAACUAAUAAAUUAGGACAAAAAGCCAUUAAUGGAGGGAAUAUUGGAUAUAUUUGUUAGAAAAUCAGCUAUAAACAAUACUACAUAGUAAGUCAUAUCAAUCACAGAACCGAUUAGUAACAGAGGACCUAGUAUUGAGGAAUAGCAAAAACUAGAUUUAGGAAAAUCAAUUCAAAUAUAUAUUAGUAUUGUCGAUUCAUUUUGGUGUUGCAUUACUAGUUAUUGGAUUAUUAACUCAUUUUAAUUUAAGCGAAUAGAUCUUGCAAAUACCAUUUAUUAUUUGGGUUGUGCUUUUGAUGCUUUACAUCUUAUCAUUGGCAUUAGCAUAAUUUAGUAAUUCAUAAUCCUUAAAGUCACCUAAAAACGUAUUUUUGUUUGUAAUCUAAUAAUUUAAUAAAUAGGGAGUAAAUACUAUUGUUAGAUUAUUCUGGUUUGUAUAUGCAGUUAUUUUAUAUCCAGAAUUGAAUUUGGGUGUUUUUAUUGCCGUAAUCUUCAUCAAUUUAAUAAUUAUUUUAAUUUGUUCCCAUUUUGAUAAGGAGGAUGGAAUUAAAAACUGCUUCCUUGUUUCUGAUUAACCAUGGAGAAUAUCAUUUGUGCUUUUAUUUGAAAUAUUAUUCGUGGGUUUAUAUUUGAAUAUCUAGGAUAUGAUGACAGCAAUUAUUUGGUAGAUUUUAAUUUAAUUUUAAAGGAUUUUAAUAUUGUUUUUUAUUUAUUCCUUUACAUUGUUAAAUAUUUAAUUGGUAGAAUUCAGAAAACAUCUAGGUAAGAAUGGAAACCUAUACUUUUUAUCCUAAUUGUAUUAUGAUGGUGACAUAAUAUUCCCAUGUUAUUUCUUAGAACAUCAGUUGGCAUGUACAAGCGAAAGAAGCAUUUUAAAAUGA